AGGUCGCUGUCCCACAGCUGAUGCGCGCUGUGUGCGCCGGGACGCCCGGGCGUGCGCUCUGCAGCGCGGGAAUAGUCUCUUGAAGUAGUGUCUACCUUGGAUGCCUGGGUUCCAGGCCCCGCUGUCGCGGCGCUCCACGAAUCAUCCAGCUGAAGGAGAAGCCCCGUGGAACUGGCUGUUAGGACUGGAAACGGUGGCUCGCUGGAAACGGUGGCUCACUGGGAAUGGUGGCUCGCUGCUGCCCAGCGUCAGGACAGAGGAUCCUACCACGUAUUGCUAGCCUGGGAUUUCUACUGAAUGAGAAUUGCUUUCACACCAUUGUAAACUUGAACCGUUGUUAAGUCAGACUAUCAGCCUUCUAAGGAUGAAUGAACAAAAACUGGAAACAACUCUACAGCCACGGAAACUUCCUGAAUGGAUGUCUGUGCAGAAUCAGGGAUGUGCAGUAGAAGAAGGAAAGGCAUCUAUUCAUAAGAGUGUUUUUGAAGAUGACCUCCCGUUCUUAGAAUUCACUGGAUCCAUUGUGUACAGUUAUGAAGCUAGUGAUUGUUCCUUCCUAUCAGAAGAUAUUAGCACGAGUCUGUCUGAUGGAGAUGUGGUGGGAUUUGACAUGGAAUGGCCACCAAUAUACAGUAAAGGGAAUCUGAGCAGAGUUGCAUUGAUUCAGUUGUGUGUGUCAGAGAGCAAAUGUUACUUAUUUCAUAUUUCUUCUAUGUCAGUUUUUCCUCAGGGAUUAAAAAUGCUGCUUGAAAAUGAAGCAGUUAAAAAGGCAGGGGUAGGAAUUGAAGGAGAUCAGUGGAAACUUCUACGUGACUUUGACGUCAAAUUAAGGAGUUUUGUGGAGCUGACAGAUGUUGCCAAUGAAAAGCUGAAAUGUGCAGAGACCUGGAGCCUCAAUGGUUUGGUCAAACACCUUUUCGGUAAACAACUUCUGAAAGACAAGUCUAUCCGCUGUAGCAAAUGGAAUUAUUUUCCUCUCACUGAGGACCAGAAACUGUAUGCAGCCACUGAUGCUUAUGCUGGUUUCAUCAUUUAUCAAAAAUUAGAGAUUUUGGGUGAUGCUGUGCAAAUGUUUGCUAUAAAUAAAGAGGAGGAAAUACUACCUAGUGUUGUGAAGAAACAAUUGACUUUAAUCUCGGAGGAGGUGAUAGAUCUGGCUAAGCAUCUCCCUGACUCUUUCAGAAAAUUGGAAAAUCCACAGAGGGUUUCUGUACUAAUAAAGGAUAUUUCAGAAAAUCUAUGUUCCUUGAGGAAGAUGAUAUUUGGUUCUGCCAAGACAGAACUGAGGCCUAAUAGUAAUUUUAACUUAUUACCUUUGGAAGAUCCAACUGCUGGUGGACUACAGCAGCAACAAAUGAAAGAACAUAAAAUUUUUACUGAAGUUAAAGAUGAGACACAGGACACAUUAGGUGAUUUAAUUAAAGAUGGUAUAGAAAAUGUACUUGGAAAUGAAGUGAAACAAGAAAAAGGUGGAUUUGAAGAUGGACUAGAAGAUACUGAGUUGGAAGAGAAUACAGAAAGAGCUUGUUUGAUGUCAUUAGAUAUUACAGAAUAUGAACUUCAGAUUUUGGAACAGCAGGCUCAAGAAGAAAAUCUUAGCGAUGUUUCUUCCAAAUCUGAGCAUUUAUCUUCCAAGGGAAAUGAAGAGGACACAUCUUAUGUAAUUGAAAGUGAUGAAGACUUAGAAAUGGAGAUGAUUAAGUCUUUAGAAAACCUAAAUAAUGGCACAGUAGAGCCAAUGCAUUCAAAAUGCAUAGAAAUGGAAAGAGAUCUGGAUGUUCCUUCUGAAGGAGAUGAUGAAGAUGAGAACGAAGCUAUUGAAGAAGAGGAGGAUGGUGAAGGACCUAAUGAAAUGCAAGUUAUUUGCCUCAAGACCUACUUUGGCCAUUCCAGUUUUAAGCCGGUUCAGUGGAAAGUGAUUCAUUCUGUAAUGAAGGAAAGAAGAGAUAAUGUUGUUGUCAUGGCAACUGGAUAUGGAAAGAGUUUGUGCUUCCAGUAUCCACCUGUUUAUGUAGGAGGCAUUGGUCUUGUCAUCUCUCCUCUUAUUUCUCUGAUGGAAGACCAAGUGCUCCAGCUGGGAAUGUCCAACAUUCCAGCUUGUUUUCUGGGAUCAUCACAGUCAAAAAGUGUUUUGGAGGAUAUCAAAUUAGGCAAAUACCGGAUUGUAUACAUAACUCCAGAAUUCUGUUCAGGUAACUUGGACCUACUUCAGCAGCUUGAGGCUAAUAUUGGUAUCACACUUAUCGCUGUGGAUGAAGCUCACUGUAUUUCUGAGUGGGGACAUGAUUUUAGAAAUUCAUUCAGGGCUUUGGGCUCCUUGAAGGUAGCCCUCCCGUUGGUUCCAAUUGUUGCACUUACUGCCACUGCGAGUCCUUCCAUCCGGGAAGAUAUUGUACAUUGCUUAGGGCUGAAGAAUCCUCAGAUUACUUGUACUAGUUUUGAUCGACCAAACCUGUAUUUAGAAGUUGGACGAAAAACAGGAAAUAUCCUUCAGGAUCUGAAGCAAUUUCUUGUCCAAAAGAGUUCUGCCUGGGAACUUGAAGGACCGACCAUCAUCUAUUGUCCUUCCAGAAAAAUGACAGAAAAAGUUACAGCUGAACUUAAGACCCUGAAGUUAGCCUGUGGAACAUACCAUGCAGGCAUGCAUAUUAAUUUAAGGAAAGAAGUUCAUCAUAAGUUCAUGAGAGAUGAAAUUCAGUGUGUCAUAGCUACCAUAGCUUUUGGAAUGGGCAUUAAUAAAGCUGACAUUCGCAAAGUCAUUCAUUAUGGUGCUCCUAAGGAAAUGGAAUCAUACUACCAGGAGAUUGGUAGAGCUGGCCGUGAUGGACUCCAAAGUUCUUGUCACCUACUCUGGGCUCCAGCAGACAUUAACUUAAACAGGCACCUCCUUAGUGAGAUACACAACGAAAAGUUUCGAUUAUACAAAUUAAAGAUGAUGGCAAAGAUGGAAACAUACCUUCAUUCCAGCAGGUGUAGGCGACAAAUCAUCCUGUCUCAUUUUGAAGACAAACAACUACGAAAGGCCUCUGUGGGUAUUAUGGGAACUGAAAAAUGCUGUGAUAAUUGCAGGUCCAGAUUGUAUCAUUGCCUUUCCAUUGAUGACUCAGAAGAUAUGUCACAGGACUUUGGUCAACAAGCAUUCCAGCUCUUAUCUGCUGUGAGCAUCUUAGGAGAAAAGUUUGGAAUUGGGGUUCCAAUUUUAUUUCUCAGAGGAUCUAAUUCCCAGCGUCUUGAUCAAUACCGCACUCACAGUUUCUUUGGUACUGGCAAGGAUCAAACAGAGAGUUGGUGGAAGGCUUUUUCCCGGCAGCUCGUAACUGAGGGGUACUUGAUAGAUGUUCCUGGGCAGAAUAAAUAUAUAAAGAUUUACACUCUUACAAAAAAGGGUAGAGAUUGGCUUGAAAAAGCCAGGACAGAAUCUCCUCAGACACUUAUCCUUCAAGCUAAUGAAGAAUUGUGUCCAAGAAAGUUUCUCCUACCAAGUUCUAAACCUGCAUCUUCAGGUACAGAGCGGCAUUCCUCUAACCAAGGACCAGCUGGAGUCACUGUGGAGAAGGAGCAGUCCAACUUGGAGAAGAUGUAUUCUUACACAGCAUUUGAUAAAAUUUCUUCCCGGAGUAACAUUCCUAUAAAAAGCAUGAUGGUACAGUCACCAGGAAAAUCUUACCAGUCCUCAGAACCUGUUAUUUCCACUCAAGAGCAAGAGACUCAGACUCUGUUAUAUAGCAAAUUGGUAGAAGCGAGGCAGAAACACGCCCAUAAAAUGGAUGUUCCUCCACCUAUUCUGGCAACCAAUAAGAUACUGGUGGAUAUGGCCAAAAUGAGACCUACUACAGUUGAAAAUGUGAAAAAGAUCGAUGGUGUUUCUGAAGGCAAAGCAACUAUGCUGGCUCCUCUGUUGGAAGUCAUCAAGCAUUUCUGUCAAAUAAAUAAUCUUCAGACAAACUUCUUUUCAAGUACAAAACCUCAAGAACAGAAGAAAAGUUUGGUGGCAAAAAAUGAACUCUGCUCACUUUCACAGUCUGUGGCCAUCACAUAUUCUUUGUUCCAAGAAAAGAAGAUGUCUUUGAGGAGUGUGGCUGAGAACAGGGUUUUGCCCAUCUCAGCAGUUGGCAUGCACUUAUCCCAGGCGGUGAAAGCUGGCUACCCACUUGAUACCGAACGAGCAGGCCUGACUGCAGAGGUUCAGAAGAUUAUUGCUGAUGUUAUCCGAAACCCUCCCAUCAACUCAGAUAUGACUAAAAUAAAACUAAUCAGAAUGUUUGUUCCUGAAAGCAUUGACACGUACCUUAUCCACCUGGCAAUUGAGAUCCUGGAAAAAGAUCAUGAGGACAGACUGUUAGGCCAGCUUUCUUGUGAUUCAGAAAAAAAAAGAUGUCUCCCUGACUCUGAGGAGAGCUGUUCAAGUUUCAAGAGAAGCAAGGGAGAAGUAGAUGCUAAUCCCAAGGUUGGCGGAAGAUAUCCUCGUGAUUUUUCACUGAAAGGUGAGAGUCACAGAAGUUCACUAACUUCUUGGAAUCAGCCGUCGAGCAAUCCAGAAAUAGAUUUACAUGCAGAUUCUCAUUCACAGACUUCAUCUGAAACCUCAAAGAGAAAAUUACCUGCGUGGUUUGCCCAAAGAACUGAGACCUUAGUUGAUACCAGCAAGAACCCAGUGACCAAAACAAAAAAGAAGGGUCUUUUUAGUUAAACUGGCAAUUUUGCCAUAGGGUUUAUAUGUAUCUUGCUACAUUAUAAGAGGGGAGUUGUAUUUCAUUUCUGAAAAGAGUGGGGAGUAAUGUCAGUUUAAAAAUUAGUUGAUCUUAAAGUAAAACUCACCUGUUACUGAAUAGCUGGCAUCUUAAAACAGCCUUGUACGAUUCACGCCAAGCUGAGUCUUCUGAGAGCCUGAAUGAGUAUGUUGAGUAGAUACUAGAUUAGUUUCCUGUAAGGUUGCUUUAGUACACUGUGUUACUGCUGUUUUCUAAUCUCUUUAAUAGUGUAUUUGGAAAAUGUAAUGUGAGGUGUUUUGCUAUAAAUAACAGAUGAGUAGUUGUGCAGUGGUUGCGUGUGUGAUGUAAAAUUGAUACAUUACCAAAAUUUUGUCUUGUAAAUGAAGAAAUCAUAGUAGUUAUUCUAUCAAUUGUCUUUACUAACUUCAGAAGAAACUCUCAUUCACAUUGCCAAAUGGUACUAGUGGGCCAGACCAAUGAAAAUGAAACAUUUUUGGGAAAAAAAACCCACUUUGGUUUGCAUAUAAGUAGGGAAAAAGCAUAAAACUAAGGAGACCAAUUGCACUAGGACACUAUGCACUUUCGUUUUAUACAGUAUUUUUAUUAGUUUUCAAAUAAUAAAAAAUACAAUGUUCUUCAUAGUGAAUAUUAAAAAUGUAUAUACAUAUAUGCUUAAACAUUCAUUUACUUAAUUCCGUGAACACCUUUAGUUUUUGAAAUGUCAGUAUUCAAUUCUAUUAUCUCUUUGUGUAGCACAUAAAAUGUAAAGAUCUAAGACCCAUAUUCUGACUCUGAGCUUGGUUAAACCAUAGUUUACAUAGUUUUCAGCAGUUUACCAUAUGGCUUUUAGUUGGUUUUUUUGGUAAAUAAAAGUAAUUGCUGUUAAUAAUGAAGAAAUAUAUGUUUGUUGUAGAAGAACUAGAUAAGCCAGAGAAAUGACAAAAAGCAAAUGAAAAUCACAUAUGGUUCCAUUAUUAGGUAAUCAGUUAGUCUCUUUUGUAUAUUCUGGCAAACAUUUCUAUAUUCAUUCCUUUUCUUAGUUUGUUACAGGAAUAAUACAUGAAUGGUUUUCUUUGUAAAAUAUUCCAGCUAAACUUAAAGUCUCCCAUAUUCCCAUUUACCUACAUCCAAUUUACUUAUUUUCCAGAAGAUAACUCCUAUUAAAUGUAUGACAAAUAGUUCCCUUAUCAUUUCUUCCGUAUGUAAAUUCCUUUGUCUGUAUAUUUACACCCACAUUCUUAUUUUUUUACAUAAAUGAGAUCAUGCUACAUGCAGUUUUCUGCAACAAACUUUUUUUGCAUAAUACAUCCUGAAGAACUUUCCAUUUCAGUAUAUAUUGGUCUCAUUUUUUACAGCUACAUGCUGUUCUAUAUGGUAACUACACCAUAAUUUUUAUAAUCACUUUUCUAUUGGUGAUUUUGUCAUUCUUCUAUUCAGAUUAUUUUUAGAAGUAGAAUUAGCCAAACAUAAAAAUGUUGUCUGUUACUUAAUAUUUCACUUGAAUGUACUAUGAAAAUGUGUUUUCCAUGUGAUUAAGUCAUCUUCCACAGAAUCUUUUUUUGUGGCUUUAUAAAUACAGUGAUUCUCAAAGUGCAGCCUGAAGACUACUAGGAGUCCCUGGUGCCCUUCCAGGGGAUCUGCAAAGACAAAACUGUUUUCAAAAUACCUAGACGUUUAUUUGCUUUUUAUGCUUUGUUGAUAUUUGCAUUGAGGUAGCAAAGCAGUAGUGAGUCAAACCACCGGUACUUUAGUGCACAUCAGGACAAUGGCCCCCAAUUAUCCAUUUGAUUAAUUCUCAGUCCUUAAACCCACAUCUUUUCAAUAUUCUGUGUGGUGAAAUGGCAGGUAUGCAUAGGACCUUCUCCUGUGCCAAAGUGUGCUGGUCAUCUCCAGGAAGAACACUCGUUUGAUUAUUUGAGUUGUGAACUGAAUUAGUUGCUCUUUUCCCACAGAAUACCAUUUUUACUGAAAAGAUUGACAGAAAACGACAGUUGUUUAUUCAGACUUGGAUGGUUUGGUGGAUAUUUUCUCAAAAUUGAAUGAAAUCUGCCUCUAACUCCAAGGAAAAGUGAUCAUUAUUGUUGCCAAUGAUAAAAUUUGAGAUUUCUUAUGAAGUUUAUGAUUUUGGAAAGCUUGUGUUUGCUACCAGGAGUUGGACAGCUUCUCAUAACACAAGGACUUUUCUAAUGAGAUGUUAAUCCUAUGAUUGACAAAUGGGGGUUAUUUUUAAUACUAUAUAAUGAUUUUUUUCAACAUUUAGAAGGUAUACCUAACUCAGUGAACUCGUAUUUUCUCGAUAACUGAUUCAUGUUCUAUAAAGUCAUGCAUGAGUAAAAGAUACAUUUGAAGCACAUUAUGAGCCAGUGGACUUUAAUGUAGCAGAAUAUGAAGAAAUUAAUUUAUAUGGUUUUAGAUUACACGACAGCCAAUUUUUAAGAAACUAACAACUGUCCAAUUUUGGUAUAGUUUCAAAGAAGAAUGUCUACAGUUAUCUGGAAAGAGUAUUGAAAUACUCUUUCUUUUUCCAACCACAUACGUGUUUGAGCACAGACUUUAUAUACAUCCGCCAAGAUAGCAUAUCGAAACUAAUUGAAUGCAGAAGCAGAUCUGAGAAUCCAGCCACUUCUGUUAAGCCAGACAACAGUGUCACUCUUCUCACUAUUCUGGGGAGUGAAGAUAUUUAAAAAAAGGAAGUAUCUUGUUAACAUGUCAUGGAUUUAUUUACUACUGCUAUUUUUAAACAAUAAAUAUAUUUUUUAAAUGUC